AUUAUUUAAUGAAAGAAAAAUGUGAAAAUAAGCUUACUUUUUCCAUGACAGCCCUCCAUGCUGCAUAUUUAAGUGAUGGAAUCAAAUUGAAUAGUAAGCUAGGAAUGACAGAUGGUUCUUCGGAUGGAUUCAUUAUUGAAUUAGAUGGACCUGAUCUUUUGAAAAACGAUAGCAACAAGCAGUUACUUGUUCCACGGAUGAAGAAACUCCCAAGUAAGUUAAAAGAUAUGUUCAGGACCAUCAUCCAUAAUAAAGAUUUUGGAGUUUCACUUGCCUAUGAAAGUGACGAUCUUUUACCACCUGGUCUUUUGUACCCUGUGUUUGCUCAGUAUGUUGUGUCUGGUUUGGCAGAAGCAUCUGAGAAGUAUUCAUCUCACAAUUUAUCUGCACCUAUCAAAACAAACCUACACUUUUCACUUAGUAGAAGUGGAAUCAUUUCUUUAGAUCGAGCAGAUGCUGUUAUUGAAAUAUCAGAGUGGGUGGAAGUUCCUAGAAAGAAUUCGUCAGUAGAGAAUGCAACUACUGCUUCAUCUAACAUAUCUGCUGAAGUUGGUCCCGAAAAGGCAUCAGAAGAAAAUAAAGAAGGCUUAAAUUCUGAUAGUGUGGUGAGCAGUGCAUCUAACACUAACACUACUGCCGAAGAACCAAGCACAGUUGAUCUUGUGGAGAAAACAGCGGGACCUGGAAUGUCUCUAUUGAAAGAGUCUCUUGUUGAAGCCAAAGGUAAAUUGGAGGCACUGGACAAGAAGGAUGCUGAACGGAGAAAAACAGCGGAAUUAAAAAAUAAUCUUGAAAGCUAUAUCUAUGCUACAAAAGAAAAGCUUGGCUCUAAAGAAUUUGAGAAAAUAUCUUCUGUAGAUGAACACCAAUCCUUUAUGGAAAAGCUUGAUGAGGUUCAAGAACGGCUAUACACUAAUGGAGAAGAAGCUACAGCUAAGGAGUUUCAAGAACGCCUUGAUUAAUUAACAGCUAUUGGUGAUCCAGUGGUUUUCUGGUUAUUCAAGGCUGGGAGGAAAAUAGACCUUGGCUUCCAAAAGAAAGAGUUGAUGAGUUCUUGGGCAAUAUAGACAAGUUCAAAACUUGGUUGAAAGAGAAGGAGACUGAGCAGACGAAGACUUCUGCAUUCAGCACUCCAGCAUUCACAUCUGAAGAAGUAUAGAGGAAGCUUUUGGAUUUGCACGCUAAGGUUGACGGCAUUAAUAAAAUUCCAAAGCCAAAGCCUAAAGUUGAGAAGCCUGUAAAAAAUGAAACUGCCACCAGUUAGGAGAACGUUAAAGAUUCCAUCUCAACAUCUGAGAAUACAUCACAAGGUGACAAACCAGCUACUGAGUCUCAGAUGCCCCACCUGAUGAAAAAGUUGAAGCAGAAGGCAAGAACCAUGACGAAUUAUAAUCAAGUUGGUAUGAGUUGCAGGUUUCACAACCUGAUUAUUGCCCUUUUUAAGUUGUAAAAACUUGCGCAGGCAAAAUGGUAGGAAAGAAGGGGAAAUGUAUUCCGCCUGAGGUUUUGCCUAGUCAGAUGAACGGAAAUAGUAGUAGCUUAACCAGGCUAUCAUUAAU